AAAGAUGUCAGCGCCCAUGGCAGACACUUUUGUAAGGGAAAUUGAGAAAAAUAACGAAGAAGUAAUAAAAAUUCAUCAACUUGAGAUUGGAGAUGUUGGUUGUGUGGUAUGGGAUGCUGCAAUAGUACUGUCUAAAUACUUCGAAACUGAAGAUUUUCUCAAAGGACAACUUCUCAAAGAAAAGAAUAUUAUAGAACUGGGAGCCGGUACCGGUGUAGUCGGGAUAAUAGCUUCUACAUUCGGGGCAAAUGUGACUAUAACAGACUUGCCAGAGUUUAACCAGUUGAUUAACAUGAACAUUGCAGAAAAUAAACAUCUUAUUACAGGAAACGUUACAGCAAAAACAUUAGUCUGGGGAACAGAUAUAAUCACAGAUCAAGCUUUUGAUUAUGUUUGUCUGGCUGAUUGUAUUUAUUAUGAACAGUCUUUGCAGCCAUUAGUAAAAACAAUUGCAGACCACUGUAAUGGGAGCACGACAGUUUUAUGCUGUUACGAAGAAAGAACAACGGGAAACAAACCGGAACUGGAAAGAAAAUUUUUUGAGUUGAUGACAGAAAAAUUCCACAUUGAAGAGAUUCCUCUUUACAGACAGGAUCCUCAGUUUAGGAGUAAAGAUAUAUACAUAAUGAAAUUUAAAUUAAAGAAUCCGUGAAAUGUAUAUUUCGGAAAUCUUGAACAGUAAAACACGGAUUGGCCAUUGCCAUCUGACUUUAAAUGGAAGAAAUCGUCGACUUUGUUAUAAAACCAAAUCGUCGGACACUUUCACUAUUUAUAUCUUCUAUAAUGUUUUUGUCAACUAAUAAGCAUCGAGAUAUACUGAGUGUCCUAUUCUGUUUUAGCAAUCUUGAAUCUAUCCCCUAUCAAAGUAGAAAUAUUGUUGUUAAUUAAUGCUAAUAAGAACAGCAGAUUAUUUGAGCGCUGUAAUGUACUGUAUGUAGCAAGUGCCGCAUCAUAGUGUCAAUAAAUAAUAAAUAGCU